CUAGAGCUUACUCGGUUGAAGUAGGGUUAGGGUUUUGGUUUCUCAGGGACUCUCUGGUUGAACACCGAGCAGGAGGAAGAAGAAAUGGGGUUCCAAAUGCAGCCAUAUGGUGUACAAUCGAUGCUCAAAGAAGGUCACAAGCAUCUCUCUGGCCUUGAGGAAGCAGUUCUCAAGAACAUUGACGCCUGCAAGCAACUCUCCGUUAUCACUCGCACGUCUCUCGGUCCCAAUGGAAUGAAUAAGAUGGUCAUCAAUCAUUUAGACAAGAUCUUUGUGACGAAUGAUGCUGCAACUAUUGUAAAUGAGCUUGAGGUUCAGCAUCCUGCCGCCAAGAUUUUGGUUUUGGCUAGCAAGGCUCAACAGGAGGAAAUCGGUGAUGGGGCUAAUUUGACAAUUUCUUUUGCUGGAGAGCUCCUCCAAAAUGCUGAGGAGCUUAUCAGGAUGGGGCUGCACCCGAGUGAGAUCAUCAGUGGAUACUCAAAAGCCAUUAAUAAGACUGUUGAAAUUUUGGAAGAAUUGGUUGAAAAAGGUUCUGAAAAAAUGGAUGUGCGAAACAAGGAGCAAGUUAUUUCCCGAAUGAAAGCUGCUGUCGCCAGCAAGCAAUUUGGACAAGAAGACAUUUUAUGUCCUCUCAUUGCAGAUGCAUGCAUUCAAGUGUGCCCAAAGAACCCAGUUAACUUCAAUGUUGAUAAUGUCCGAGUUGCUAAGCUUCUGGGAGGAGGUCUUCAUAAUUGCACAGUAGUUCGAGGUAUGGCUUUGAAAACUGAUGCUGUUGGGAGUAUAAAGAGAGUGGAAAAGGCAAAAGUUGCGGUGUUUGCCAGUGGUGUUGAUACCUCUGCAACAGAAACAAAAGGAACUGUCCUAAUUCAUAGUGCUGAGCAGCUUGAGAAUUACGCAAAAACUGAAGAAGCCAAAAUUGAAGAGCUCAUCAAAGCUGUUGCAGAUUCAGGUGCCAAAGUAAUUGUUAGUGGAGGGGCAGUUGGAGAGAUGGCAUUGCAUUUCUGUGAGCGAUACAAACUUAUGGUUUUGAAAAUCAGCUCAAAGUUUGAACUGCGGCGAUUUUGCCGUACAACUGGAGCUGUUGCUGUUCUGAAGCUUAGCCAGCCAAACCCAGAUGAUCUAGGAUAUGUAGAUUCUGUUUCGGUUGAGGAAAUUGGCGGUGUUAGGGUCACCAUUGUGAAAAAUGAAGAAGGUGGAAACUCUGUAUGCACUGUGGUUUUACGAGGAAGUACUGAUAGUAUAUUAGAUGACCUUGAAAGAGCAGUUGAUGACGGUGUAAAUACAUACAAGGCAAUGUGCAGGGACAGCCGGAUUGUGCCUGGAGCUGCAGCUACAGAAAUUGAGCUUGCUAGAAAAUUGAAGGAAUUCUCUUUUAAAGAGACAGGAUUGGAUCAGUAUGCCAUUGCAAAGUUUGCUGAAAGUUUUGAGAUGGUUCCUAAAACCCUAGCUGAGAAUGCUGGGCUUAACGCCAUGGAGAUAAUAUCUUCUCUAUAUGCUGAGCAUUCAACUGGAAACACCAAAGUGGGCAUUGACUUGGAUCAAGGUGUUGUCUGUAAGGAUGUUUCAACAAUGAAUGUUUGGGACCUCUACAUCACUAAGUAUUUUGCUCUUAAAUAUGCUGCAGAUGCUGCCUGUACUGUACUACGAGUGGACCAGAUUAUAAUGGCAAAACCAGCGGGCGGCCCAAAAAGAGAUCCAGCUGCUGGGAUGGAUGAGGACUAGUUUUGUGUAUGGCAAUCGACUAUGUAUUCUUGCUUUGCAUCUGUUUGGGAAGGAGGUUUCUCUGUGUUUUUUUUUCAAAUGCCAAAUGACUUGGCCAAAGAAAAUUUUGAUUACCCUGAGGAGUACAUGCAUGUAUGUGCCUCGUGUUCGACGUGGAGUGGAGUUUGGUGGUGAUAUCAUUCCUUGUAUGAUGGCUAUAGGUUUCAACUUAACGUAAACGUAAAAUCUUUGGGUGCUGCAUGUUGAUUUAAGUUUCAAUGAAUUUAUUUCUCGACUUUUUCCUCGGAAA